AUGGCCAUUGAAGACGACGAUGUUCGCGACAGGGAAGUCUGGACAGCUGUCUCUCGCGACUGGUACUCGCGAGCUAGCGACAAGGCGCCCACCACUGGACGCCUGUAUCACCAUCUAGCAAUCUUGGCGAGACCUAAUGUUGUAGCACAGCUUUUUUACUACGCCAAGAGCUUGUGUGUGCCCAUUCCCUUCAACAGCGCUAGGGACUCAAUUCUCACCCUUUUCGAACCCAUUAUGGCUGGCACACACGGUAAGCUACACGCCGUCGAUCGUGCGCUGGUCAAGUGUCAUGGGACUUUCUUCACCGGCAAGGGCACCGAAGAUCUCGAAGAUGCCCGCAAUGAAUUUCUUUCGAACCUCGACCUGGCUGUGGCCAAGGGCGCACGCCGUUGGUUGGAGGCAGGAUAUCAAAUCGCCGUGACAAAUCUUUGUGCACUGUUGGACUACGGCCUGCCUACCAACGUUCUCAUGAGGGCACUUGAAGCUUCGACCAAAGACACUCCCAUGCCGAAAAUCGUAGUUGGGGACGAGCCGGAUUCGGCUGAGUCCCAAGAAGCUUCAGAGACGCAGAAAUCGGCCGAUGCUGAUGAUAAAAAUGCACCAGUUGCCUCUAGCACGGAGGCCAAAGAUGACGUUGUCGACCUCUCCAAACGCUUUAAAGAAGUUCUCCAGUUUGUGGAAAGCACAGAUACAAUUGUUCUUUCACGGCUGGGGGAUUUGAACAUACUUUCCUAUCUCAACGUUAGACUCAUGUUCUUGCAUCAAAUGGCCAUCCUCAAGGGCCCAGGCGGGGCGGAGGCUAAACCAGCAGCGAUGUCGCAUCUCGAGGCUUCUUUCCCUUGGCAUCUGCUCAGUUUAUGCUUAAACUCUUUUGCAGCGGGUUUUGAAACUCCCAAGAAAUACGAGACGAGCGAAUUCCCCCGCACGGCCGAGAGGAGGCCGCUUCCCGAGGAUUGGGCAAUGCGAGGGCUUGUAUGGGCGGAGAUGGCCUUCCCGGCCGACCAUUUCAGCGUCAAUGAAAAUAUGGAAGAGGACGAGAGGACUUUUGAGACCCCAUCGAUGGGAGAUCAGCGUCGCGAGAGGUGCCUAUGGCUCGCUUACCAAAUCGCCCAGAUUGGAACGGCAGGAGACGGCGGCAAAGAGGGACGUUGGAUCACGUAUGAUGCCGACACAAAGAAGUUUCGUCCGGCCGCCAAGUACGUGUCAGACGUUGAAAUACGUCCUCCCGUCGCCAAGGCCACGUUCCUGGACGACGAGGAUGUCCUCCCAGAGGCGGAGCUUGCUAGCGUCAGCUCAGGGCCAGAGAGUACACUUGGAGCAUUGUCAGUGCAAGAGCAAAAAAACGAAAAGCCGACCAUCAUUCAGUCUGCCGACAAAGUUCAUGAUAGCAAUAGUUAG